CUGAUCGAAUGGAACAAAAUAGUAAUUAAAAUAGUUAAUAGUUAGGAUUUAAAACUGCAAAUGCUUAACGUUCAGUCCGACUCAUUAUUACUUUAUACAUACUAAUAUACCGUUAAGGACUACGAUUGACUCAAUCAUAGACAAGAAUAUCGAUAAGUAGUCUAAAUUUAUGAAUGCACGUAGGUACCACUUACAAAUAUUAAUAGUUUAGAAUACCAAUCAUUUCUUCAUUUGGAAUACAAUUGAAAAAAAUGUCUUCAAAUAUUGCCAAACCGCUGGAAGGAAAAGUAGCGAUCAUCACUGCAUCUACUGAUGGGAUUGGUUUUGCCGCUGCUAAACAAUUGGUGAGUGAUGGGGCAUCUAUCAUGAUUUGCAGUCGCAAGAAAAACAAUGUAACAAAUGCAUUAGAACGACUUCAAAAAGAAUAUGGGGUUGACAAAGUUAAAGGACUUGUGUGUCAUGUAUCAAAAAAUGAUGAUAGAACUAAUUUAAUCCAAGAGACUAUUAAAAUCUUUGGUGGAAUUGAUAUUCUUGUAUCGAAUGCUGCUACAAAUCCUACGUCAGGUUCAGUAUUAGAUUGUGAUGAAGAAGUAUGGGAUAAAAUAUUUGAUGUUAAUGUCAAAAGUGCGUUUUUGUUAACAAAAGAAGUAGCACCACAUUUGAUUUCUAGAGGUGGAGGCUCAAUUGUGUAUGUCUCUUCAAUUGCUGGUGUUAAUCCAAUGCCGAUGUUAGGAGCAUAUUCUAUUAGUAAAACAGCGCUUCUUGGUUUGACAAAAGUAGUGGCUAUGGAUUUGGCGGAGAAUAAUAUAAGAGUUAAUUGUAUAGCUCCUGGUAUUGUUAAAACAAAAUUUGCAUCAGCGCUUACAGAAAAUGAAUCGCUUAGUGAACAUUUAUUACAAGGGAUACCUAUUAAAAGAUUUGGACGUCCAGAAGAAAUUGGUUCUAUUAUAUCAUUUCUUUGUUCACCUGCUUCUUCCUUUAUAACCGGUGAAGUAAUUGUUGCAUCAGGAGGAAUGACAUCCAGGCUUUAGUUGUGUAAUUUAAAUUAUUGAAUUGGAACAGUUAAAAUCAAAAUAUUGAAAUAACAAUAUUUUGAAAUAAUCAAAAAUUCUUAUGAAUAUUAUUUUUAUAUCUUAAUAGUUGCAUAAAAAAUUGAUUCACAUGAUUAAAUUUCUUAAUUUAAUGGUUUACUAAAACUGUAUGGGUUAACUGUAGGAAACUUAAUUAUGAUUAAAGGUCUAAUACUUUUCCAAUAGAUCAUUAAAUGUUUAGUUAUUAUUUAUGUAACUUGGAUCAUACAUAUUAUAUUGAUAGUUGUUUACUACUUUUUAAAUUGUGGUAUUUGGUGGCUAAUUAAAGGGUAAUUAAUUUUGUUGUGUAUAUUGUUUGGAUUGGUUUUAUAAAUUGUUUAUAAAUAUUAAAAGAUUUAGUACAAAAAUUAGUUAUUCAGUCAUUUUUUUUUGUAUCAAGUUUUAGUUACUCAUUAAAAUUAUCUUCAACAAUAUGCAACUUGAAUAAUUAUAAAUUAUUAUAACUUUAUGGUGUAGAAAUGUGUAUAAUAUGUUUGUUAUACUUGAUUUGUAAAAAUUAAGAAUAAUAUAAUUUAUGUACAAGUUUUCAGUA